CAGAUUAUCGUACAGGAUAUGUAUGGAUUGACUUGUGGAGUACUUGAAAAGAAUGUUGGUUGUGGAAGUUUCAGAUUUGGAAGGAAUAUCGGGUCUUGUAAAUGGAUCGAGGAGGUAUCACUGCAUGGUCUGGCGUUCUAUUGCAUAGCAUGAUCGGCGAGGUCUUUCCGAAUCUUAGGGCCACUAUAGCCAGUCGAAUGGGAAAAAGAAUAAUGCAUACUUUCCACUUAUAUCAUGCUCUGUGCUCACUUUUCGAUACAACUUUUGAAUUCAAACAGACUUUUGACUGUCGUCAGAUCGCGGGAUCAAUGUCCGGAAUCCGUUGUCACAAUCAGAUAUUCGCGCUGUGAGCGUUACAUGCGCAUUUUGUUGGUGAAGGCGAGACCAUCACAAAAAAUAGGC